AUGUCCACCGGCUUUAUCUCCACAACUGCGGCAAUAGGCACUGCAUCGUCGAGUUUGAUAACCUCAGUCAUUUCUUCGAUUUCAUCAGCCCCCUCGACAUCUGUCUCGCCGAGUGUUUCCUGGGGUCUUGUCACUAUACCCAUCUCUGUCUCCCCAACCAACGUCGCUACAUCUACUCCCGGAUUCGAUGGAAGCUACGAAUAUGUCACCUCCGCCGAGCAACUGUCGUUCAACCGCUCCAUCAACGCUGGCGUUUAUAUUGCUGCCAUUGCUUGGGGUACCGUACCACAUUCCUCUGCUCCGAUCUGGAAGUAUCGGCCUGAAGGCAAUGCUCGUUGGGCGUGGCUGUCCUUCGUCUACGCACUCUGGGCCAUGGCUCUCGUCAACAUUGCUUGUAACAUCGAGUUCAACGACUGGGCAUGGAUUGAAAACACUGGCUUCAAUGGCGGCGCAUUUGCGUAUAUCACGAAAUUCCAGAACUCAUCACUCAACCUUACGGCGGUAGCGACUGGGGUCAUUAACCUCGUUCUCGCCGAUACCUUCUUGCUGCAUCGUGUUCAUGUCCUUUGGCGCAGAUGGUAUAUAUUAACAGCAAUGGGUAUACUGCUUUUGGUGACGACGGCUUUCGCCAUCGUGCAGUGCUAUUCCGUUUCAAGUGCAGACAACAGUUUCUGGACUGGUCCCGUAUUCGGCAGCCCUCUCAUCUAUACAAUCCUUGCCAUGAGCUUACAUACGCUCUUCACCAUCCUUCUCUUCACUCGUGCUGUGCAACUAGGACAUGAACUCCCGGAUGACGUUACCGGGCAGAACAGAACAUACUCCUACGGCAUCAAAGCACUCAUCGUGGAAUCGGCGCUGCCCUAUGGCUUCGUCUCGUUGCUCGUGAUGAUACUAGCCUGUUCCCACAGCACUGGGGCAAAUGUAUUUGUCCCCCUCCUCGUGCAACUGCAGGGAAUCGUGUCGGACUUGAUUGUCAUGCGCGUAGUGCAAGGACAUGCGUGGUCACUAUCCAUGUUCGACGACAUCGCCUCGAAACAGGGCAGAUUGCCCACUAUUUCCGGUCAGACUAUUAUUGUGGUUACACCAGGUGGUGUACCUGUUCCUGUGCCAACUCUGGAGAAGGACGGAACGAUGAUUUCAGAAAAAGACACAGGAGAUUAUUUAGCCUGA